AUGGGCUCUUCCUCCAAACCUUCGUCGUACUUUCCAUUUACUUGUGAUACUCGCUUCAUUAUUGUUCAUACGCCUAAGACCUUUCAUUCUAUUUCUCCUUUUCUUAUUCAAAGAUUAAUUGUUUCUGUUAUUGGAGAAGCCAAGGAUGUUAAAAAACUUCGUUCUGGCGAUCUUCUCAUUGAAGCUGCCAAUAAAACCCAAAUUUCAAUUAUGAAGAAGCUUAAAAAGCUUGGCGAUUUUCCCGUUGAAACCACACCACAUAAAUCUUUAAACUACUCUCGAGGCAUAAUUUCUGAGAAAGACCUUUUGGCAAAUACAGAACACGAGCUUGUACAAGAACUAAGUUGCUAUAAAGUUAUUGCAGCGCGUCGCAUCCACACCAAGCGAGACGGUGUCGUGGCGCCUACGCAGCAUGUAGUUCUCACUUUUUCGACUCCUGAUCUCCCAAAAGCAAUACGAGCUGGUUAUUUACAUUGUAGUGUGCGUCAAUAUAUUCCAAACCCUCUGCGCUGCUUCAAAUGCCAGAGAUUUGGCCAUUCUCAACAAAGUUGUCGAGGUAAUGUUAGAUGUGCCAAAUGUGCUGAAAUUGGACACGAUUCUAAAACAUGCACUUCAGAAACCAUAAAAUGCUGUAACUGCUUAGGUGCACAUCCGGCCUUUUCUCGAACCUGCCCAAAAUGGUUGAUUGAAAAGCAAAUACAGGCGACAAAAGUGAAACAAAAUGUGUCUUAUGCAGAAGCUCGUAGAUUAGUUGUCGGACAGACACCAAAGCCAGGUCUAUCAUAUUCUUCUGUUCUCACUCAAAAAACAGAGAUCGGUAUUCAGUAUGACCUUAAUGAUAUCAAUCCAGUGAAAAUCUUGACUCCCUCUUCAAAUGUAACAAAUAAAGCCACAUCGGCCAAGGCUUCAAAUUCACCGGAGCAACCACUUUCUAGGGUGCAACAGUACAUUACAGUUGCCAAAGGUCAAAAAAAUGCAAAAGGGAAAAGUCGGAAAAAAUCGAAAUUUCCGUCUCUACAGCAUCCCCCACGUCCUCCUGAUUCUUCCAAAAUGGAAAUCUCUAAUGAGAUUUUAAAAUUAACAACAUCCUCUUCUGAUCUGUCGGAUGUUGAAAUGGAUCAUUCUACUAUUAUUUCUGAUGCAGGUGCUGGUGUCAGUAGCAAUCCUGAACACCAUUCUUAA